UCCCACACGAGCGGCAGUCAGGAGAAAGAGGAAGAGAGGAUGAUGGGAAACUGCAUUCCGUGCGCCGCGCGCUGCACGCCGGGACGACCACCCCCGCGCAGGGCCUGACGGGAGUGGGGAGAAGAGCAAUCCUCAGCUGAAGGAGCGGGCAAGGGGGUAUUCUAGGCUUUCACGCUGCCCGGGUUUCCACUAGCUGGUUAAAAUCCUGCCGGGCAGUUCCAUAGGUGGAACUUUCCGCCCUACCUUGAAUAAAAGACUCAUCAUUCUCAUUGCGGAACAAGACAUCCAAUCACCGUCUGGCGCCCGUUUUCCUGGCGGCGUUGGCAAGUGGGAAGUAUGGCGUCGACAGGGGUUGCGGCAAGGACUGAGGCUGUCUCGCCAGUUGGAGGGGGUUUGGUAGUCAACUGGUCAAGUCAAGGACUGCAAAAACUGGGUCCGGCAUUACCCUGUGAUGCUGAUACUCACACUCUGAUUCUGGACAAAAACCAGAUAAUUAAAUUAGAACACUUGGAGAAAUGCAGGAAUUUGAUGCAGCUCUCUGUAGCCAACAACCGGUUGGUGCGCAUGAUGGGUGUAGCAAAACUGACUAAUCUCCGGGUGCUAAACUUGCCUCAUAAUAGCAUUGGGUAUGUGGAAGGACUGAAGGAUUUGGUGCACCUAGAAUGGCUGAACUUGGCAGGAAAUAACCUUAAGGCCAUUGAACAAAUCAAUUCCUGUCUGUCUCUUCAGCAUCUUGAUUUGUCAGACAACAAUAUAGCUCAAUUAGGUGAUCUCUCCAAGCUGAAGUUGCUGAAGACUCUGUUGCUACAUGGAAAUAUUAUAACUUCACUUCGCACUGCCCCUGUUUGUCUGCCUCAGAAUCUGACUGUUUUUUCUUUGGCAGAAAAUGAAAUCAGAGACUUAAAUGAGGUUUCCUUCCUGACCUCUCUCCGUCAGUUGGAACAAUUGUCAAUUAUGAACAAUCCUUGUGUGAUGGCCACACCUUCUAUCCCUGGCUUUGACUACAGGCCAUAUAUUGUCAGCUGGUGUCUGAGCCUUAAAGUUCUAGAUGGAUAUGUGAUUUCUCAGAAGGAAAGUUUGAAAGCAGAAUGGCUCUACAGUCAAGGUAAAGGCAGAUCAUACCGACCUGGGCAACAUGUUCAGCUAGUGCAGUACUUGGCUGUUGUUUGUCCUCUUAUAUCUACAUAUGGUCUCCAGACUGAAGAGGAUGCCAAACUGGAAAAAGUACUGAGUAAGCAAAGGUUUCACCAGAGGCAGCUGAUGCAUCAAAACCAAAAUGAAGGACCACCUACAUCUACUCCCGAAAAAACACCGCCAGUCACUCAUGAGCACAGCAGUCCAGCCCAGCCACCACAGAUAGUUCUUGAAAGGGAACCUAUGAUCCAGAAGAAUUCUUGGAUUGGACCAAGUGCAAACGAUGAUCAUUCCUGUGCAGUAAAGAACACUUCUCUUCUUGAAAGAAGCUUUCACAAGGAGCUAUACCUCGAAGAUAUACAGACUGAUGAAGACAGACUAAACAGCAGCCUUUUAUCAUCAGAGUCUACUUUCAUGCCAGUUGCUUCAGGAUUGUCUCCAGUGACUCCUGCUUCAGACUUGAAGCUAGAUGGAAUCAGUCUGGGCUUAGAAGAUGAUGGUAAUACAGUGACUGCAUGUGUGAAGGAUGUUAAUAGCAGAGAAACAACUAACAAUCAAGAAGCUUCAUGUGUUACAAGACAACACUCUAACAGAGCAGUGGGACGUGUAGAAACUCAAGAGAAUACCAAAGAGAGUAUUCUGUUGCCUUCUAAUCCAGUAACAGAUGGCCUGACUGCUAAUACUAGCAACUGUUCAGCAUCCUCUGGAGACCAAGUUCUACACAGUCACCCCAGCACCUCAGUAGACAUUGAACCAGGAGUUACAACUCUCUGUCCUGACCAGAUGACAGGAGAAAGUUCUGAUUCAUUAGCUGUUGUUGAUCAAAGUGCAGCUGAACUGCAAAGAAUGACUAAAGCAGCUACCAAGCUUCAAGCCUGCUGGAGAGGUUUUUAUACAAGGAACUAUCAUCUCCAAGCCAAGGAAGUGCGCUCUGAAAUUCGAUUAAACAGAAUGCAGGAGCACAUAAUUUGCUUAACUGAUGAAAUAGAAAAACUGAGAAAAGAGAAAGAGGAAGACAAGAUUCAGAGGCUUGUACAGGAGGAAGCUGUCAGAUUUCUUUGGAGCCAGGUUAAAUCCCUUCAACAGUGGCAGCUUUCAGUGACACAAAAUUUAGGUGCCACUUGGCAACCUAGGAUCCCGUCAGCCAGUACUUUCUGUCCCUCUGAACCAUCUAUUCAGUCAUCCACACUUAAGCAAGAAACCCCAGCAAAUGUUAGUUCUGCUUGGUUAGUUCCAGCUAAUGACGUUCUUCAAGAAAAGUCUUUUUUGCAGUUCCCAGAUUCUGGUUUUCAUUCGUCUGCAGCUGAUCAGACUCAUACUGGUGACUUGUGUAGCUGUGAGAAGAGUUUAGCAGAAGGGACUGAGAGCUCUCUUUCACUGGACACUGUCAAACAAUGUGGCAAUUCUGUUUCAGCAUAUUCUUCAGAUGCAGAAGAUGUCCAUGGGAAAUGUGGGCAAAGUAAAGAGAGCUUUACUGGUGAGCAGGACAACACACUAAUACAAGAGUAUUUGAAAUCUGUUCAGCAGCUGGAAGAGGCUGAGGAAGGGACAAAUUGCAAUGAUGAAACAGAGGGUAGAUGGCUACAAAUCACUGUUCCAGCAGAAAGCCAAGAUUCUUCAUCUGACACUGUCCUUACAGAUCUCCCUCAGGAUACAUCUUCUCCUGUCCAAGGUGAAAUCAGUCAGACACCAGACAGCUGCAAACUGAAUUCAGGAAUAGUAGAAGGGAAGCAAACGGACUGUGAUUCUUCGUUUCAGUUGCUGCAUGUUGGAAUAGCUGUAUAAUAGGCUCAGUUUCACAAAGGACUGGGGAUUCCAUUUUACUUCCUUUCUUUUUCCCAUUUGUACAAAACUUACUUUUUGUGUGCUGUUUCAGAUUUUGCUUCAUGUUAUUAAUUUGUUUUAGUUAGUAUUUUAUUAAUGUUGCUAAGGACUGACACUAUGCUAACCUGAAAUCAGCAAAGUUCUCUGUGACAAUCAUGCACUUUAUUUUCAAACAUAAAACUGGUAUCCUAAUAACUGGCUUCCAUUCAAUUAAUUCUGGAGGUUGGAGGUGGGGGUAGUGUUUCCUGUAAAUUCACAUAAGUGAAUUUGUUAAUAAGUCUUUAAAUUUUUUCUGAAGUACAGGAUUGAGUGCUUACUUUGCUAAGAGAAUGAAACAAAAUAGGAAGAAACAGAGUCAAUGGAGUCAAUAUAGGCACUGUAUGUGUGUAUGGAUACAACCUGAUAAUAAAGAUGACAGCAGUUGCCUUUCAGACUUUUUGACUUUAGUAAGAGUAGUUUGGUCAGUGUUUCAAAGAUUCGUUCCAUGAAAACAGUGUCCGUGUCAGUGACUUCUUCUUGUACUUAAUUGAAACUGCUGGCUAGGAAUUAGGUCAUUUAUAUACGUACUGACACAAGGACUACAGCAGGUAAGACCUUGGGGAUGUUUGCCCUGGGAUUGAGUUUCCCUGCUUUCUCAGGUACGACUCAAAGUGGAACCAGUAGCAGCUUUUACUGAAUAAAGAAUUUCAGAAGGGCAUAUGAUUUGGGAACAUCAUAUCCGAGACUGCACUGCUGGGUUACAGCAGCAGACUUGGUAACAUGUUUUGCUUCCACAAGGAUGCUAAUGUCAUUGUGGAAUUUGGAUCUGCAUGGCUUUCAGGACCAUAUUGUGUUUGAUGGAUCACAACUACUUCUAUCUACAGGUAUAAAUAUGGCAAAUGCCGUGGCUUAAAAUAAUUUCUUGACAUCUAUGUCGAGUUUUCUGUUAUUUUCUCUGUAUUUCUGUUAUUUGAUAUUGUAAUUAGAUGUGGUUAAAAAGUUGUUUCUUCCCUAUUGGCAAAUGUGCUAAGUUACCUAGGUUAUGCUUCCAUUUAAAUACUGGGCAAAGCAAUAGGGUUCGUACAUUGCCUAGCCAUUGCUAUCUUGGUUUCAGGGUUUGUUUUUUUUUUAGUGGGAAAAGAUCAGGUAUCUCAGUGUACUGCAAAAGUGACAAGGGAAAUCUGUUUUGCCAUGUAAUUUGUGAUGGACACUAGUAAAAUAAGAGGUGAUGUUGUGACUUCUAGGGGUCAGUUCAGUUUGCUAAUACUGCAUUUUGCAAUGCGUACUGGAAGGCCAGUGGUUCAGUAGUUUGCUAAUGCUCACUUCUUUGAUAUAAAGGCACAUGCAUAUUCUAAUUCUCUGAAUCCACAGGUUAACUUCCGGUGCUAUGGUGUCAUUAAAAUAAACUAGUGCUGUUUUCAAGUGACUUUUAUGGUAAUGAUACUAUGUAAAGUAACAUAAUUUCUGUAAAAGCUUUGGUUGCUUGUCUGUUUUAGGUUCUGAGCUGAAAUUUACCACUACUCAGGAGUUCAGUUUAAGGCCUCAAAAUAGCCAUUAUUUAGAAUAUAAAUAGUGUAUUGGACUUGUACCAACUAUCUGACAAGUGGUGAAGUUCACCUUGGAAGAAUAAAGCUUGCCUUUGUAUAUAGAGUAGCUAUCAUCUCUUUUUCCCCACCCCCAAAAAAGUCUAGAGCACUGACUUCCCUAAAGGGCUGUUGCUGCAGUCAAGCUGACAUUCGACUGUACCUUGCAUUAAGUGUUUAAGAAAAAAAAACAGCUGAGCUGUUACGUUCUUAAUGUGCUAUCUAACUCAGUCUAGCUACAACAUAGAAUCAUAGAAUAGUUAGGGUUGGAAAGGACCUCAAGAUCAUCUAGUUCCAACCCCCCUGCCAUGGGCAGGGACACCUCACACUAAACCAUAUCACCCAAGGCUUCAUCCAACCUGCCAGGGAUGGAGCAUUCACCACCUCCCUGGGCAACCCAUCCCAGUACCUCACCACCCUAAAAGUAAAGAAUUUCUUCGUUUGUAGCAUAACCAUAUUAUAAUUAGAUCUUAGAACAUUAGUGUGCUUGUGUAUUAAAAGUAGUACAGGUGCAUUAAUGUAUCACAACAUCUAAAUAACUGUUCAAAGAAGCAUGUAGUCUACAUGAUCAUACCAUUGUCCUGAAGGUUCUCACCUUGUAUUUUAAUCUGCCAUGCUUGGAGAUGCCUGUAGUUCAUAGGAAUUGGCUCAAAAAAAAUCUCAUGUAAACCUUUAAGGAGACUCUCUUUUGGGUUUUGAAAGAGAAAUUAUUUCUGUCUGCAAAACAGGCCUCUUUGGGGCAGUGAUCAGGUGUAAUAAAACAGAAAGUUCUUUUUCAUGGCAUAAUGCUGUAUUAGCACAUGCAAAACUUGGCAGAAACUAGACCACUGUCUGGAUAAAAUGUUUCACUUACUGAAGACAGUGAGGGACCAUGUAUAUUUUGCUAUUUUGGAUUAUUGUCACUUUUGCUGCAGAAUUAGAGGACAUACAACUUUAAUUUUGGAGGUGUCAAAGGGGGAAAAUUUGGUAAAACUUUUUAUGGAAGCCCUAGAUAUUUCUUGACAUUUCCCCUUUUGCUAAGGGUGUGUAUACAUGAACACAAGAUGGCUUAUUUUAACUGACGACUAAGUCAACUGUUGGCUUUUUUAAAAUUGUAACUGGUAUAUUCAAAAGUGAUUUUUAUGGAGGUACAGCAAAAUGUGUACAAGCAUAUCAUCAGCUUUAUCAUACACCUUUGGGGAAGCUGUGCAAUAUGAUAUUCUGAUGUUCUGAAACCUUGAAUGUAUAGAAGUUGAGUUGCCGAAAUAUACAGAAAUCACAAAGAAUUAUGAAGUUUGGUAGUAAUUUUUACAGGUUUACAUGUAAUUAGUCUGUAUAUACACAAAACAUUUUCAUCCAGACCAUUAAAAUACAUUCAGGGAAAGAUAAAAUGGGGGAUAGCGUGGAAGAAUAAGGAAUCAAACUGGAUGGGUAUUUAAAAAUGGCUUCCUCCCCCUCCCCCCCCCAGUCUGUUUUGAGCUCUCACAUUGUGAUAUGGAAGUAUCAUAGUUUAAUAUAUGGCUUAACACUUAUUCACUUUUUCUUCAUUGUCUGUAUGUUUUCUUUAUGUAUGUAAUAUUCUUUUACCUGGAUAGGGAUGCCCAGGUCCCUUUUGGAGAUGAUGGAAGUUUCAUAAAGGAAUUAGAAGACCUAUCAUAUGAAAAUGCAUUUCUGAAAUUUUCCUCUUUUAAUAUGGUAUGUCUUUCAGCAUUUUCCUUUUGCAAGGCUUCGUAUUUGUUAGAUGACUGUACUUUGCAGAAGGAAAGCUUGUCUGUUGUAUUUUUGUUCAGGGUCGAUGCAAGAGAUUUCUAAUGGUUAUUUCUCAAGCAAUGUUGUCAGCUCUGCUGUGAGUACAGUUCAAGCACUUCUGUAAUUCCCUUCAGAAAAAUCAGCUGAAUAUAGCUCAGAUUAACUAUUUAAUCUGUGCCAUGCAAGUAGUUUUGCCCCAGAUGAGGUGGUCAGCACAUGCAAACCUUUUUCAGGUAGUCUAUGGCAGAAAUUACUUUUGCUUUAUUUCCUGAAGGUAAGGACCUGGAGGAAGGUGGAAAUGCAUUUAUAUGUGUUUUCAGGUUUAGUCUGUGAUGGUAAUACCAGCUGCUUUAUGAUUGCUGUUUCAGUUUUCUCACAAUUAUUUUCAUAGUUUAUACAUUUUAGUCUUUCAUGUAAUGAAGAAUGCUUUUUUUUUUCUACUUCAUGCAGUAUAAAUAUUUGAUAGAUGCUGUUCUGGAUGGUAUUUGGAAAGGUAGAAGAAUAUCAUGAAAGCAGGUCUGUUCGCAUUUUGUAUUUCAAGUUUACUUUAAGGUACUUUGUAUUAUCUCCUCUAUGGUUAGGUAACUUCAUUACAAAAGAAUACAACAGAGCAAUGCCUUAUUAACAACAGCAAGUAAACUUUCUGCCUCUUCCAUGAGCUGAGUUUAAUGGUCACAACUGGUUUUAGUACUGAAAUAUGUAAUUUAAAUGAAUGGGAAAUUUAACUUCUGAAUUAAAGCAGCAACUGUGAUGUGUUUGUUUUGUUGGAAUUGGUUUUUGUGGGGGGAGGUUGUUUUGGUGAUCAGUGUUUUGGGUUUCCUUUUGUGACUAUUCCUGUGUGGUGCUAUUUUAUAAGCAAAGAGUGUGUGGCAAGGAUGGAAUUUUUGAAAGGGACUGCAUAUUGGCCUAGCUCUGCUUUCAUUUCCUUAAAAGUAAGGUCCUGCUUGAGUCUUUGUGAACUGGCUGCCUAAAUUGGGUUUUUAUCAUAUUUACAUCUCCAGAAGAAAUUUCUUGCUAGAAAGCAAGAAGACAUUAAGACUGAAAAAAAAAAAUUGUUGCUUCUAAAACACGAAUAUCUUUCACCAAAUACUUUGAGGAAUUCCUUGUUAAAAUAAACUGCAGAAACCUAACUGUUUGUAGUAAAGUUCCUUAAACAACCGUAGGUUCUACUGAUUGUAUGCAGCAAUUUAAAUAAUGCACUUAGCAGCCAGUCUGCAUGUAUAUAAAAAAACAAGUUUGGGGUUUUUUUUCCUGAAUAAUGUUUGUAUCUCAUUGUACCUGCUUGCAAGUUGGUCCUGGCUUUUCUGAAGUUGUAUAUAUUGUCUCAAGAACUCCAGUCUUAAAUUUCUACUUGUAUCUUCAAUUUUUGUUCAUCAAACACUUUGCUACAUUCCUUUGAGACUACCUGGCUACUUUUUAACUGGACUUGAAGUUACAAUGUGUCUCUCACAGAUACACUUUUUCCUGAGAGGAUAGAAUUGUAGCAUUUAGCCCAGGGUCCCAGUGACAAUAUAAUAUAAAAAAAAAAAAGCUGAUCAGUUCACCCGCUUUUAGCUAGCGGGAGAGAGGCUCUUUCCUGUUCUAUUAAUUGUUGUUUUUUUUUUUUCUUGAGGACUGUGCAACCCAAAUAAAUAAGAAUCAAGCAUUCAUUAAGUCUUUUUUUCAUAGUUCCAGGGUGGUUUUUUUCCCCAGUUUGGCUUUCUAGAACAAGAGAAAACACUUGUUUUCUAUAUGCCUGCCAGAAAGUUAGGAUUUCUGUCUAUUUUUAAGUGCUUUCUUUAUGUCAGUAAUGGAAAAAGCACAGGAUCCUUUACUUGCAAAAGCGUAAAAUAGUGUUUAUCAGGAAGGGUGCUUUAUCUCCUAGUAAGUGCCACACUCGCAAUAGGAAACUACUUUUCUGGCUUCAUUACAUGUACAAGUAUAUGGGACAAAUUCACUUGUAGCAUAAUUCUACUGAACUAGAUUUUGUUGAGUCUUUCACAGUAAUGUUCUACCUCUAAACUAUAAUCUGAAAAAUUAACAAUUAGGUGUUGAUUUUCUACUUCUCACUAUUUUCUGUGAAGAAUGGUGGGUGGUUAAAUUGGUACAGUUGGUAUAUUUUCUAUAAGUGUUUACAUUUCUGGAAUUGUUUCUUAAAUAUUUUGUUUGUACCUCUGAGUUUUGAAAUUUAAAUAAAUUAUUUGUAUGCUUGUUGAAA